UUUUGGUUCACUGGAAGAAAAAUAAAUGUCAAAACGCUAACGAAUCUAUAAAGCAAUUUGAUAUUGAAACCUAUAUACUCGUAAAAACCGACGUGCAGAAAUCUAAUAAGUUUUUGUGUACACGCAACCAUUUGCAAAAAUCAAGAAUUGAAGGUAUAAUACAUUACCAUACUAAUCAAGAAAAUAAUAGCCUUUAGAGGAAGGUAUUUCAUUGUUAAAACAACAACAAUAAGCCCAGCUAUAACACUGAAAUGCCACGAGGAAAGUACGUGAAUCACAAAGGCAGGAGCCGUCAUUUUACUUCUCCUGAAGAAUUGGCCAGCGCCCGCGAUGAGUCUACCGAAGAGGAGGAGACCGAAUCCGAAGAAGAUGGCGACAAUGUUGCUGCAGGUACAAGCAAAUCUGCACGCGCUAAACCAAAACCACAAACAAAGAAGCCAAGUGAUGGUGGCGCAAGCAGCAGCGAAGGAGAUUCAGAUGAAGAAUCAUCCGAGGAGGAAGAUCGUGAUGCCCGUAAAGGUGUCGCUUCACUCAUUGAAAUCGAAAAUCCUAAUCGUGUUACAAAGAAAGCAACACAAAAAUUAAAUAAUUUGAAAUUGGACGAAACGACGCCUACUAAGCCGGAGCUAACAAGACGUGAGCGUGAACAAAUAGAAAAGCAAAAAGCGCGUGCCCGUUAUGAACAGUUGCAUGCUGCCGGCAAAACAACUGAGGCCAAGGCGGAUCUCGCCCGUUUAGCGCUCAUUCGUCAGCAACGCGCUGAAGCAGCAGCCAAACGUGAAGCUGAAAAGAAGGCUCUGGAUGCAAAGAAACCAGGCAGUAAGGCAUAAAAUGCUCUUUCAUCUGGGAACACGGCAAUUAUAUCGACUUUUAACUUACAUUAUGAUCUUUUUAUAUUAUAAUUUUGUUUUAUCUUUUAAUAACUCGCUGCAGUUUCCGCUCAUUUUUGUAUUGGGCGGACAAAAAAUGUUUCAUAUAGCCGAAUAAAAAUUUCCAAUCUAAAUAAUAAACAUACAUUAACAUAUAUAUACCAACGGUAGCAAAUAGAAUGAAGUUAGAUAUCAAGAUUGUUAUUUGCAAAGCUAGAUCUGGCAACAAGAAAUAUAUAACAGUACAACAAGCUAGCCACAUAGACACGGCAACGAGUCUCGACCGCUUUAUGACUAUACGUAAUGUACAUUGAAUGAAUAAAGAAAAUUGCAGUUU